AUGUUAAAACAAAGAAAUUCGUUUUUCUUGCUUGAAAUUUAUUUAAAUCUUAAUUCUAAUUUAAUUUUCUUUUUUUUUCCAGAUCAACCAACGGUUCUGGAAUCGAACCAAGUCCCCAAACCAUCAACCUGGUACUACGUGGAGCUGCAAUACGCCAAAAACAGCAAUGGAAGCAUUCUGCUCUUCCGCGGCUACCGCUACGACCGUCAGAAGCUGUUUCCCGAUGCCGUAAUUUCGUGGAAAUGCUCCGAGCGUGACUGCCCCGCCAUGGUAUUCACACUGGGUGAAAACUGCCUCAAGAUCAAAUCCCAUGCUCACAACCACGCGUGCCUCGGCAACAAGGCGAUGGUUUUCAGCAAGAAAGUGUCCCAACUAGCGCCGCAGUACCAGAACGUCCAACCAGCGCUGCAAGUGCCUUCGAAACCACCGCCGCUGCUGCACGACCACCAAACGCCGAUGCCCUCGAUCUGGUACACGGUUCCGCUGAAGUUCUUCCGCAACAAGGUGAGCAAGCUGAGCGUCCGGUUCCACGGCCACGAGUACAACAUGGAGAAGAAGACACGGUCGGGGGAUACCGUGACGUGGAUUUGUCCCAAGCCCGCGUGCAGCAGCUUCAUCAUCACUCGCGGCAAGGAUCAGGUUUGGCUGUGUCCGCGACCCCAUAAUCACGCACCGAGCGCGUUCCGAGCGCUUAGGGUGAAGCAAAGCGACCAGAAACUGGCUGACGGUGGUCAGGCCCAGAAAGCUAGUACUGCGCCGAAGCAAAGUGUUCCGAAAAGUGACAAUGCAGCGAAAAAUGACAAUGCUCCGAAAACUGACAAUGUUCCAAAGUUGAAAGAGGAGGUCGACCCAAUGGGGGAUGACGUUGAAUACAUAGAGGUUAAGGUGGAACCAAUUGAUAUAGAAUAAUUUUGAAAUUGAAAUCACGUUGAAUAAAUUCGAGGAAAAUUGUUACUUCGACUUUGAAGAA